UACCACCGCGUGAGUUCGCCACUGGCACUUAAUAGCCGUUUUUUGUAUUAUUGUUGCUGCAAGUGGAUUGCUUUUAUUAUUUUUUUCCCUCCCGUCUCACAUAAGAUAUCAAACAGAAAAUGGCAGACACAAAAGUAGAUACCAGUUCGGAGAUCCCCACUAAGGAUCUUAAAGAAAAGAAACUGGUGGAGGAGACAGAAAAUGGGAAGGAUGCAGCUGCUAACGGAAAUACGGAGAACGAGGAAAACGGAGAGCCAGAGAAUGAAGUAGAUGACGAAGAUGAUGACGAUGUCGGUGAGGAGGACGAUGAGGAAGACGACGGAGAAGGAGAUGAUGACGACGAUGAUGAUGAAGUUGAAGGAGGCGCUGGGAAGAGGGCAGCUGAGGAUGACGACGAUGAGGAUGAGGAUGAUGUUGGAACAAAGAAGCAGAAAACUGAUGAUUAGAAGUUUAUCUCCCAGCUGAGUCUUUUUCUAAACCCUCCAUUCCCACACCUGUCUGUUGGGGUGUUGGGGGCGGAGUCAAGAAAAAAAUGUGGUCAUCAUCAAGUAGAGUCCUAGCAUCAGUACGCACACACACACACCCAACUGCAAAUUUUUUAGAAUCAACCCAGACUUCAAGGCUCUACCUUCUUAAUGAAAUACUUUAAAAAAAGGAUAAUUUGUUUGUAUUUUUAUUUACAUUUUAUAUUUUUGUACAUAUUGUUAGGAGGUCAGCCAUUUUUGACAGUGAUCUCUGGUGACCAAACGGUGCUUUGAAGUUGAUGCUUCUCUAUAAAAUAGACUUUACUUGUGGUUUGACCAUGUCAUGUUAUCUCAACAGAAAUCUUGUAAAAAUUACGGGAAAAAAAAAAAAAAAAAACAAAGCCGAUUCCAUUCAGAGCAUUC